AUGAUUGAAUUUGUAGUUGGAGACUGUUGUGAUCAAGUGUUGGUUGGAAAUCCAGAACAAGAGGAUAAUUUUGGUGUAUUUGUAAAUUACAACACAUUUCCAUUAUUUAAAGCUCAACAACAACAACAACAACAACAACAAAAACAAAAGUCAACAGUCACUACUACUACUACUGCUGCUCUCUCAAACACAAAGAACGCACAUACCGUACCCGAUAUCAUUGCCCCAUCGAUCGAUGAUGUAGCUCAACCAGAUGCAGAUGAAAAGUUAAAGAACAAGGAACGUCAUAACUUUGCUGCUGAACAAGGUGUAAAGAAAACCGUCAAGCAAAAGAAACCAUUGACCCCAAAAUCCAAAAAGAAACAAGCAAAGAUUGUAGAAAAGGCUAUUGCCAUGAAAGACAAAACCGACACCAGAGUUGAAAAGGGAACUAAAAAGGAUUUGUUUAAAAAGAGAUGGAAUUCAUUGUAUUAA